CUCCCGGCGCCGGUCCCGGUGCCGGGCGGGAGCGAGCCCCGGCGCAUCCCGGCCGCUGAGCCCGGCCCGGCCAUGGGGGCUCUGAGCAGCCGGCAGAACGCGGGCGUGGAGGAAGUGGAUGUCCCUGCUAAUUCCGUCUACAGAUACCCCCCGAGAUCCGGGAGCUACUUUGCCAACCACUUCAUCAUGGGCGGCGAGAAGUUCGACUCCACUCAUCCCGAGGGAUACCUCUUCGGAGAGAACAGUGACCUCAACUUCCUGGGGAACCGGCCUGUGGUGUUCCCUUACGCUGCUCCACCUCCUCAGGAACCCGUGAAGACCCUCAGGAGCUUGAUCAACAUCCGCAAGGACACCCUGCGCCUUGUCAAGUGCUCAGAGGAGGUGAAGACCCCGGGGGAGGAAGUCAGCAAAGCCAAGGUGCACUACAACGUGGAGUUCACCUUCGACACGGAUGCUCGUGUGGCCAUCACCAUCUACUACCAGGCCAGUGAGGAGUUCCAGAAUGGGGUGGCCAGCUACAUCCCUCGGGACUCGAGCCUGCAGUCUGAGACAGUGCACUACAAGCGGGGGGUGUGCCAGCAGUUCUGUGUCCCCUCCCACACCAUUGACCCCUCCGAGUGGAGCGAGGACGAGCUGGGCUUCGACCUGGACCGGGAGGUGUACCCCAUGGUGGUGCAGGCGGUGGUGGAUGAAGGAGAGGAGCACAGUGGGCACUGCCAUGUGCUGCUGGCCACCUUCGAGAAGCACAGUGAUGGCACCUUCUGCGUGAAGCCCCUCAAGCAGAAGCAAGUGGUGGAUGGUGUGAGCUACCUCCUGCAGGAGAUCUAUGGCAUUGAGAACAAGUACAACACCCAGGACUGCAAGGUGGCCGAGGACGAGGUGAGCGACAACAGCGCCGAGUGUGUGGUGUGCCUGUCGGACGUGCGGGACACGCUCAUCCUGCCCUGCCGCCACCUCUGCCUCUGCAACACGUGUGCUGACACCCUGCGCUACCAGGCCAACAACUGCCCCAUCUGCAGGCUGCCUUUCCGAGCCUUGCUUCAAAUCCGAGCCAUGAGGAAGAAGCUGGGGCCCCUCUCACCCACCGGCUUCAACCCCAUCAUCUCCUCGCAGACCUCCGACUCUGAGGAGCACUCGUCCUCAGAGCACAUCCCCCCGGGCUAUGAGGUUGUGUCCCUGCUGGAGGCUCUCAAUGGGCCGCUGGUGCCAUCCCCGGUGCCCCUGCGCAGGCUGGGGGAGCCCCCGGGCGCGGGGCCCCUGCCCUGCUAUGAUGGGUCCCUGCCCCCCCUGCGGGCUCUGGCACCCCUCGAGCGCAUCCCUGACUGCGGCCCCCCGGGGCUCAAGGUGAAGAGGAGCAUCUCCAAGUCCAUCUCGCAGAACUCCUCCAUCCUGCCCGAAGAGGAGGAUGAGAAGUCGUGCACCGAGUCGGAGCUGAGGGUCUCCAGGAGGAGAUCCCCUGCCCGGUGCCAGGAGGAGUGUGGUGCCACACCAGAGAGUGAAAACUUCACCCUGUCAUCAUCAGGAGCCAUCGACCAGUCCUCGUGCACCGGGACACCCCUCUCCUCCACCAUCUCGUCCCCAGAAGAGCCCGUCAGCAGCAGCCUGGCCCAGUCCGUCAUGUCCAUGGCCUCCUCCCAGAGCCAGCACUCCCAGCUCAGCACCGACACCGUGUCCUCCAUGUCCGGCUCCUACAUCACUCCCGGUACGGAGGAGGGGGAGGAAGAGGAGGAGGAAGGGGAAAUGCUCCCCUCGCCCGCAGGUGCCAGUGCCACAGCCUCUGAUGGAGAGUCGACGCCUGUGGAGUCCCCGGAUAUCAACUUCGUCAGCAUCUCAGCCGAGGAGCGCGAUGCCGAGGGCAACGACGUGCUGGAGGAUGAGGACGCGUCUCCCACGCAGGAAGAUGGCCCGAGGACAGGCGCUUUCCUCGGUCUGAGCUGUGACAAUAACAAUGACUUGGGCAUCGCACACGUGAAAGCGCUGGACAAUAAACUGUGCUCUGAGGCCUGCUUACCUGGUGAUGACCCCGGUUCCUUGCUCGUGUGCAUGUCCCCCCUGUGCGACUCUGCUCCCACCUUCACCAUGUGCCUUCUGGUCUCUCCUGCCACGCAGCCGCCGUGCCGGACUCCUGCCCCAUUAACAUUGAGGAAUAGGCCUAGAGGCAGCCAACAACAACAUGCGGCUGCAGCAGGCACCCCGGCCCCGCUGCCCCCCCGGCCCCCAGGACCUGGAGCAGGCAGCGGCCACCCCUGUGUGAGGGCUCAGCCUCAGCAGGGGCACACGAACCCCUGUGCACACAGAGGGGUCCGGGCACCGCAGGCAUCGCCACCUCCCUCCCCUGGCUGUGGCGGGACCUCGUUUCCAAAGGGAAGAUGGUAUCGUGGGCUUUUCCUGCCCGGCCCCGCUGUGCAGAGGGGGGCCGAGAACCACAUCACUGCAGAGCCCUCCCCCAUCGGCACCUUCCCAUCCUCCAGCCCUGGUGCGGAUGGGCUGGGGUCCCCUCCUGCCCCCGGCCAUCUCACACCCAUCCUCAGGCUUUUCUCCUCCAGUGUGCAGAGCACAUGGGAUGGGGUCACCCCACAAAGGGUGUCCUGGGACGUUGUCAGAGGUGGAUGAUGCCCGGGGGUGCAGGUUAAGGAUCAAUGUUGGCAUUGGCAUCCUCAGUACACAAGCCAGUGACCUUCAUGAGGGGCUGGCACCCCCCAGGCUCACCGACCCCGUGCUGUGGGAUCGUCCCCAUUAUUGCACUGGUGGUGAUGGUGCCCCUGGAGCUCCCCACCCCUCUGCUCUCCACCCUGGGCACACAGGCUCUAGGGCCUGGCUCAAGAGGUUGCUUUUCCCCAGGGGAUGGAGCGGGGUGUCCAGGGGACCUGGGACACCCCCCCCGGUCACCAGCCCCAGGGACAUGGCCAGUUUAACCUCACUGUCUUCCACCCACUGGCGGCGCGGGGCUGGGGCUGUGCCCGCUCUCUGGAACAAGUGCCAAACGUGUCACCCCUGGCCUGCCCUCCCCAUCACACUUUGUAGCAGGGGCUGGAUGAGGGUGUGGGAGCUGCUUCCCCAUCCCUCCAUCCCCACUCCUCCAGCCCCAUCCCUCUGGCCAGCACUGGCCUCACAGCAUAAGUGGGUUUUACUCCAGGAGGCAGGAACACAGGGACAGCAGUGGGGUAGGGAUGCAGCCACAGAGCUUGGGGACCUGAUAGGGCCAUUGGCAGAGGGCAGGCUCCACUCCAGAGAGCAUCAGGAAGAGGCAGAGGGCACUCUGAGGAGUAUCAGACCCAACAUCCUAAUCCUGCAAGCUCUGGAGCUGUUUGAGUGAGCCCCUCUUUUUCCCCCCCUGGUUUUCUCAGGCAGAUGUGACAGCAAAGGCCACCUCCUCUUUGCAGAAGGAAGCUGCAUUUCAGAGCUCCCUUAGGACAGAGAUGUUCAUCCAGUGAAAGCAACAUCCCCCAGCAUGCAGGGAGCAGGUCCCCACCACUGUUCCCGUGGUGCAGCACAGGCCGUGCUGAUGGCUGUGGCUGCUAAAGGGAGAUAAAGCCCUUUUAGGGGCUAGGAGGUGUUUGCUGCUCACUUCAUGGCCCUCACUUCAUAGUGUGGGUCCUGCUGGAGGUGGGGUCAGUGCUGGCCACCCUCCUCUGCUCUGGCACCCCACUGUGUCUCCUGUAAGCUCAGCAGCUCCCAGAUUCCUCCCUGGAAACUCAGGGCUGGGUGCUUGAUGGGGGUGACAUCUCCAUCUGUGGGAUGGGAGCUGCUGCCACUGGGGAGCUGUGGUGGGGAUGAGCCUUGCACCUAUUUGAGGAAAUGUGUGGCCCAUGGGGACACACUGCCCAGUGCCAUGGUGGGGCAACCCGUGGGGUUUGGGAGUGCUGGCCCUGGGAGCCAGCAGCACCACGCUGGGCAUAGGGAGAGCUUUGGGGGUUCACUGCCAUGCUGAGCUAAGAGGACUAAGGGGCUGUGGGAGGCUGGCUCUUCCCUAACCCCCAGCAUGGAAAAACCAGGAUGAUGCUCCAGGGGUGGCUCAGCUACCAAAGCCCAACCUUCCUUGUGGCUUCAAAGGGGACCAGAAGAGCUCUCCAGGCCUGGCAUCAUGGUGUAGGGCUGUGGCAGUGCUUGUGGCUGCUGGCAGGUCAGGUUCUUCCUCAGGAGGGUCCCUGGAGGUGUCCAGGAGGGUUUCUGGCUGCUCUGAGCUGUGUGUCCCCAAGUUAGCUCCCAGGGUGACUGUCCCAUGUCCCAUCCCACAGCUGGUGGCACGCACAUGGUGAUGGAGAGGAGCUAGGAGGAGUGAGCAAAGAAAUUAGCAUCCUCCACUGGUGGCACAGGAGAGAUGGGAUUUGGGUGCAGGUGACACCAGUGCUGUCCUCAAGACACCCGGAAGGGACAAGGGGCAGGCAGGUGCUGUGGGUGAAAGGCAAUAGCCCCUUGUUCCAGUGAUCCAGCUGUCAGGGAUAUAGGGAAAGAAACCAGAUUGCUGCUUCUGAACUCUGCUUUGAGCAUGUUUUGGGUUUUCAGAGUAUGUUUAAUAAAGGACAUCUUAUGUCAACAAAGCA